UUUAUUAAAUGUGGACAUUUAUUAAACGAUAUGUGGUCUCCCCUGCCCGAAGAUCGCUGGGAUGAGCUCCGGCACUCCCGCGACCCUUGUGAGGAUAAGCAGCUUGGGCAAUGCUAUUGCAAUGCAAUUUUAUGCUUCAUUCAAAGGUGAUGCAAAUUGGUCAUUUCCCACACAUUUCAAAAUCAUUAAAAACACUUUUUUUCACGUGUGUGUGUGGGCAUCUUUGAAAGCACAGCAGCAAAAUAUUGAACCGAACUUGAUUUUUGUGUCUCAUUGCACCCCAAUAAAUAAUCAAAAAAAUAAUAAUUUGAAAAUAUCUACCAUGAAAUAUUGUGGAUGUAAAGUGUAGUGUAGUAGAAAAGACAUGAGCGACAUACCGAUGGUUUGUCCGGGCAUGCCUCCACAAAUCCACGCUGUUCCGCCCACUCGUUUCCCCGGUUGCGGGAAAGCGUCGGUGAGUCACUCGCCGGUUCUCCAAAACUCCGGACGACCCGCCGGAAGUGGCUUCGCGUGUAUAAAGUCAAAGGACUUCGGGGAUCGGGGCAUUGACAAGAUGCUUGGAACUCUGAUUUCUUGUUUUCUCGGACUUGCGCUCGCUUCCAGGGAGCAGCCCGGGGUGUCCCCGGGAGCUCCGGCGGUGGUCGCCCGGGGGGAGUUCCCUUACGGGGCGACCAUGAACUGCACAUGGCUGGCUCGUGAGCGCGACGAAGACCUCGUCAGGGUGCUGGUCAAGUGCGAGGACCCGGUGGCGCGCGUCCACGGCGGGGUGACCGACCGCGAGUGCCACUACGACGGCAAGCCGCGGCGCUGCCCGGCCUUCCGCUCCGACCCGCGGGGCUUCUGGAAGCAGCUGGGCCGCUCCUUCCGGCGGCUCGGGAGCGGGGUCUGCUCGGACGAUGACGUGCUGGUGAAGGCGCGCGUGUGCAAGCGAGCUCCCCGAGACUCGCACUUCAAGUUGGACAUCUUCAGCUCCGUCGCCUCGGCUCAGUCCGGAGGAGUGGUGGACCGGCCCCCGGCGUGGAACACCCCGGUUGGGAACCGCACCGCGGCGUGCCCGGAGGCCCGCAGGAAAGCGGAAAUGUUCUGCAGCCCUUUCUGGGCCAACCUGUGCACCUCCUUCCUGUCCAUUCUGCAUAGUGACUGCUAGUUUAUUUCUUCUACCCAUAAUCUAUUUCA